AUGCCGUCAUAUCACUACUCUUUGCCCCUCGCCGGCCUCAUCUUCCUUGGCCUCUUCCUCGCGUGGCACUACCGACACCGCUACGUUGAUCGCCUGCCGCGCUCCGUCUCCUCUCGGCUACGAUACUACGCGCCUUUGCGAACGUUUGAGGAUGCUGCAGAACAAGGCUUCUCGACCUCCAACUUCGACUUGAGCGGCAACAUCUCGGGCGACCAGCGCGCCGGGCUCGACGACCGAACGCUCACCGAGGUGAGGAGGAUCAUGGAGCGGGAAAAUGUCGGGUUUGACGAGGCAAGGGUCAUCCACAUGAACCGCAUCUUCCGCAAGAACGGCAUUGAUGCAAAUGGGUUCCCGAUUGAUCCGAAGGCCAUCACUUCAUUGGGUUAA